UCCAAGUAAAGUUAUCAACCAAAAAUUUACAGAGAGAGGAAGAAGAGUGCUCUGCUACAAUGGAAGAGAUUGUGGUAGAGAGUCUUCUUAGAGGUAACAGAGAGGCUCAAAUACAAGCAGCUAUUGAGCUCAGUAAUCUAAGCAGGAAACAAAGACAAAAAAUAGCUGAAAGAGAAAUCAUUUCUCCUUUACUCUCAAUGUUACAAUCUCAAGAUUCUAUCACAACAGAAGUUUCUCUAUCUGCAUUACUCAGCCUUGCCUUUGGCAGUGAAAGGAACAAAGUGAGACUUGUGAAAGCUGGAGCAGUACAGAUGUUAUUAGAGAUUCUCCAGUCAGAAACCAAGAUGGUGAUAGUUGAACUAGCCAUGGCCUUUCUUCUGAUCCUCUCUUCUUGCAACAAAAACAAGAUCAAAAUAGCAUCAGCCAGGUUGAUUCAGCUACUAGUUGGACUCAUCAGGCUCGAUAGACUAACGGUUCAGGCCAAGCUUGAUGGCAUAGCAACACUACACAACCUCUCAACUCUCCAACAGAUUGUUCCCCUCGUUGCAGCUUCAGGAGCACCCUACGCUUUGCUUCAAAUCAUCAACUCUUGUGAUAAAUCCUCUGAACUAGCUGAGAAGGCAGCAUCAUUGCUCGAAAACAUAGUUUACCAUUCACCAGAAUCAAUUUCAGGCAUCACUGGAGCAAUAGAGGUUCUGGUUGAAGCCAUUGAAGAAGGGACGGCUCAGUGUAAAGAGCAUGCGGUGGGGAUAUUACUCAGUGUAUGCAGCUUUGAUAGAGAGACAAACAGAGGAAUGAUACUUAGAGAAGGAGUGAUGCCAGGACUGCUUCAAGUGAGUGUGGAUGGGACAAGGAGGGCCAAAGAAAUGGCUAGAGAGCUGUUGCUUUUGCUGAGGGAUUGUUCUGGAUAUGUUAUUAAAGACAAACAGUCAAAGAUUGAGAUUGUUGAGCAGAUUAUGAGGGAGAUUGAUCAAGAAGGGGAGAGGAUACCUGGAACUAUGUUGAAGUUGGUAGAAGAUAUGAUCUCCAAACUCAGCACAUAGUUUCUUGUGGUUGAAUUCAUGGUCUUGUUGUAUAUAUUUAAGUCAUGUACUUUGUGUUCCCAUAAAGAAAAUCUUCUUCUUAGGAAUAAAUGUUACCAUCUUAUUGCUUUUGAUCUCUCACUGAAGAUUUAAAACCCUUUCUUGUAACCCAAGCAAAGUAGUAAAGCUGGUAAACC